GUGCUAGUAAGUUUCUUUUUCCCAUAACCACCUCCACUUCCACCUCCACCAAGCCUUCAGACAGAUUCUCCCCAGGUCUUUUCCAUAACCAGGCUCAUCAAAAUCGGGUCAACGAAAUAAGGGAAGAAAGUGAUAGUCUCACUUGCAGUUUUCAUUGUUAAAUUUUGACAAUCCUUUCUUCUGGCUCAUCGCGACACCCUUUCUCUGCGAAUUCUGCUUCUGUAAUUACUUUCUUCUUUGAUUGCGCUGCGUCAAUGAUACUCGACCGUUAAGCUAAACGCGUCUUCGAGGUAACUUUGCAAUAUCAGCCAGAACUAAUCACAGUUAAAGUUUUGAAUUUAUUCAGUAAAGCUAGGUACUGCUUUGUACUUGCCGACAAUGUCGGAUUAUCCAUACUAUGGCGCGGCCUAUGGCAAUCGCGGCCAGUCGAACAACCCACCUUACCCAACCUAUUCAAACCAGUCCGCAUAUUAUCCGCAAGAUGAUGGCCGAUCGGGCCAGCAUACGAUGACCCAAGGAUAUGAUAAUACAAUGGCAUAUGGCUAUAAUCAGCAACAACUUCCAAACUACAGCGCGCCCGCUAUGCAGAAUAAUAUACCUCCAGUCCCUGUCUUCCAGGGCUGGAACCAAGAAAACUCAUCCAUGCCCCAAUACAAUGCAGCGCCGCAGGGCAUGCAUUCUUAUGCUGGGUACAAUCAUCAAAAUUAUGCUCAAAAUUCGCAGUACUAUGCCCCAGUAGCUGCCCCGCAGCCAACAUAUCAUUCCCAAACACCCGCGUAUGGUAACAUUGAAAAUCGCGAAAUGAGCGAAGGAGAGUACGAUGAUACUUCUGCCCACAUGCACGCAGCAGCCCCGAAUGCUUCAAUUGGCGCACCAGGCUCGAGCCACUAUCGCGGGAAUGAUGGCAAUAGCUAUCUUGAUACUGCCCAUCGCGCUGUCUACCCAACUGGUCAAGACCCUGUCCCUCAGCAGCCGCCACCGACUCUUCGCAAUGCAGCCGAUUACUAUAAUCAACGUCAACCUUCGGCCUCGUACUCUCCUUUCGUAGCCCAAAGUGAGCCAGUGUUUGACCAAGUCAAGAAUUCUCAGACCAAGGAUAUAGGCGCAGGUAAGGGCGUAUUGAAUACCAAGAAGGGCGGUGCACAGAAAAAAUCGAAGCCUCAAUCACCGGUAGGAGAGCCUGAUAAAAUUGCAUCCAAAUCUGGCCCGGAAAAUACUUCUUCUUUCACAAAAGGUCAGGUGUCAGAGACCGUUGGAAGUUCUCAACCUUUUCAAACUGAUGCAUAUAACGAUACAGUUACUUUCAAAACUGUUGCCGAAGCUCGUAAGAAAGCUGAAAACGCCAUCCUGAAUCUCUGGUCGUAUGACGUUCGUUUUCCAGCUUAUCUUGAAGAAGGAGUUGAUGAAAAGCUUGUUGGAGAAUUGUUUGAUGAGCUUAGAUUGUCGAAAACUGCUACCAAAACCAUCAGUGCAGCUUCUGCCCAAAGCCCACCCACCAGUGUAUCUUCUGCGCCUACGGCCGGCCUCCCUGUCACUAAUGGACAUCCAAAUGGUCAGGUUUCAGCCCAAAACUCUACAGAUAAACCUAAACAAGCUAUAAUUAAUGGAGCAGGCACUGCUUCUUCUGCAACUGUGCAACCCAAGAGCGCAGCCGCUGUUGAGAAAGAAAAAACAAUGCAGGCGAAGAUGGACGCUCUCAGGAAAUCCAGAGCCGAGCGAGCCCAGAAGAAUGCAGCAAAGUCUGUCACAACUACUGCUACUAGUCUUCAAAGUCCAAUUGCUCAAGCUAAGCCAGCCAUGAUCCCUGAAUUGCCUACUCCGGUGUCAAAUUCUAUUUCAUCUGUGGAAAAGGUCGACGGAAAAAACAAGGUUUGUCCUACAGAUCCAAGUAGCUCAACUCCAACGCCAGCUUUGACUGUUACAACACAAUUUCCCCAAUCAAACGCACCGCCUCCAAAUAUUCAACAGGUCUCUCAAAAGAUUCCGGGUUUGUUCUUAGCUUCUGCCCCACCCGCCCCAUCACCUGUCCCACAAACUAUCAUGCCAACCCCGGCUCUUAAUGGGCAACGCAAACGUCCAGUAGCUGCUGACUUUGAUGGCCCUCCGACAUCUACAAUACCGCUCAAGCGACCAUUUGGUCAAAGCCGUAUAGAGCCAAAGCCGUUUGUCAUUUGUGUCAGCGAAGAUGAAGACGAGUCCGAUGAAGAUGUCGAAAUGGAAUUGGAAUCUCAGGCUGAUGCAGAUUCGCCUAUUCAACCUCCUCGCAAGCUAUCUGAACAAAAGGGGUUGCCAACAGCAUCUUCUUUUCUUCCACCGAAACCAUUUACCCCACCUCCUACAUCGUCAACGAGCACCCCGCCGAAUUCGCAAAGUUCUAUUAAGCCACAUCCUGAGGAUCUUCGUCGCAAGGAAAGCGAAAUUGAGCAGUUGAAGAGGAAAAUCGCUGAAGCUGAAAUGAGGAAGGCAAACAAGAAAACCAGCAGCGGUGCACAAACUCCCAUUAACAACGUCGCAGCUAGUACGAGCAGCAUUGCCCUUGUAGCCAAUAAACCAAAUUCUUCAAUCGAAAUACAGAAGGCAACCAAUAUUUCUAAGGACAAGACACAGUCUAAUGCAGCUCAAGCUGCCGAGCUUCAAAAGGCCGCCGAUAUUCGAAAAGAAGAGGCCGAACUCAAACGACUCCGACGUGAAAGAAUCGCGAGCGCCAUUCCCCGUGUUGACGCUGAAGCUUUACAAAACCAAGCGAGACUUGAGGAACUUCGUGCCGAAACUGCCAGAAUUGAAGCGGUGGUGCAAAAGAACCUUCAGGACAAACAAAAGCUGGUUGAGGAAAUGGAAAGAUUAAGUCAAGAAACCGAUCAACAAUUGCAGGAGCAAAAAGAAAAAUUGGACAGUCUCACACGUGAAGAGACAAAAGACAAUCCAGCUGAAUCACGUCUAGCAUCUGCUCAGCCAGACUGUGAAAUAGAACCACAAAUUCUCGCCGAGUCCGAGCCAAAAUCUGCAUCAGUUCCCAUGGAACUAGAUGACCAACUCGAUGAUGCUCGCGACGCACUGCAACAACCACAACAAGAAGAACAACAAGAAGAACAACAAGAAGAACAACAAGAAGAGCAACAACAAAAACAACAACAACAAAAACAACAACAACAGCUUGAGCAAUCCAAUACUACUGAUGUCCCUGCUGCCUCCCCAAUUGCUAUACCUCCGACCCAACUCAAUAGUGACAGCGACAUGGCACAUGAUACAACCGAAGACCAUUCGUGUGUGGGCAAAGAAGCAUCGGAAACCAACCAAGAUCUUGAGGCUGCUCUUCAAGAAGCUGUGCGCGCGGACGCAGACUCUGCUGGUCCCAGUGAUGUCGAAAUGGAAGACAGCAAUGCGCCUCCUGUGCAAGUUAUUAACGCAACUGCCACACCCGAUGAAGAGAAAGCAAGUUCUGAUUAUUCCCCAGUCCUUGAGCGUUCUCGGCCACUUGCAACUCCGUCAAUCCCUAACCUACCUGAUGUGGUAGAUGCCUCGGGUAUCGCUGAUGUAGAUUCGGAUAACUAUGAGCCCCCGGAGGCCACCCCUGCUGCUGAUGAGACUUCGUCGGUGGCGUCCUCUCCAUUUAGUCCCGCUCCACCAGAUUCAGUUAUUGAUGUAGCGGAAGAUGGCGAAUUGCCAGAGCUGUCAAACGGUGACUCAAUUGAUCUUGAUGUUAUCUCUAAUGGCGUAGAACAAAGUCUGCCCGUAGAAGAUGGUAGUGUCCCUCAGCUAACAGAAAAACCCCCCUCUAGCGACUCUCAUAGCUCAAGCUUUUUUAAACCAUAUGAAAGCCCUCUGAAAGUGUUUCACGCAUUUCGGUUUCACCCAGAAUAUAAGCAACAAAUUCCGGGUGGGCUAAAGUCUAUCACUUAUACUAACAAUAUUGAUGCGAAGAAAGAACUGUGUCGAUACGAAUUGAUGGGAGGAAUAUGCAAUGACAAUACUUGCGAUUUUCAGCAUUUUAGAGAAAUGGGACUGCCUGAUGAUGCCGUUCUUACAAAACUGGGAUCCCCAGACGAGUUCAAAGGAGAACAACGAGAUAGGUUCAUUGAAGGUUUGAAAUCAUUACUCUCAGGCCUGCGAGCAAGAAAAAUUAAAGACUUUGAUGCCAUUGCCUCGGAGAUUGUUGCACAUCGUGCCAAAUUUUUGGGCGAUUCAUCAAAGGUACUCAGCCUCGAAGGCACGACACUAUAAACGACUUACCUACAGCGGCCUGGUCCCUGAACUUGUAAUUCUCUCAGCCCAUUCUCCCAUCACAUACUGUUGCCAGAGACCUGAUCAGGCUUGGUAUCGAUACUAAAUAAUCUUUCCUUUUUGGUGUGAAGGCCGAAGAUGGCCCAACCUCACUUUGUUGGACCAUUUAUUUUCAAAAUCUUCUUUUCUUCAGACUUGAAAUAUCAAUGGACAACGACCUUGCAUGGAUGGAGUUGCAUGGAAAAGCUGGUGUUUUUGUGGCAUGUCUACGAUACCCCGUCCGAUGAAAACAGGAGACUUGGGGAGGUGCAUCCAGUGGGUGCAGCCAGUGCGUAUUCUGGAAUAGAAUUCCUUUUAAUACUGAAUGAUAAAAAUCUGCGAAGUUUAUCCUGCGAAUUAGCUAGUUAUUCAUAGCAUAAUAAUUGACUAAUGUAUUACUACUUUUUCGAUCA